AGUAGUGCUCUUCUCUAUCCAGGAAUAGAAAAACCCUUUGAAUUUGGUACAGUAGUAUUUUUUAUUUUUUGCCUGUUUUAAUCGGAUGGCUACCGAUUAAAGCAAAACGAGAUUAGAUAGUGACCCGCGGAAGUUAAACUGUAAACAGUUCCUGUCAGAUCAGGACAGCAGCUCAAACUCAGUCUGUUAUCAUAUGACUCAUUGCCGUGCCCUCGUUAACAAUAGGAACGUGGCCGUCAAAAGUAAUGUGGUUAUUCUGUAGUAAGUAACUGUAAGUACAAUGCUGCAAGUGUAAUCAGUUUUUUUUUGUUUCGAGACGACAAACGAUUGAACGCUUCUAAACCAGAGUUUCGGAUUUUAGAAAAUGUUUCGACAACUGUUUAAUGCGAUAAUCCGUGGAACGAAAUCUCAGUGAAUGUUGUCACUUCAACUUGUGAUAUCAUAGUUAAUCCCGUGCCUAAAUUCUUCGCGAUUCCUGGAUGACUCGAUUGGACGGUGUGUUGAAUUUCAGCUUCAACCGUGAUGUUGUUUUUAUCCUCGAAUAAUUUUCUUCGAAAUCAAAAUGGCCAAGAAACCCGUGCCACCUCCAAAACCGAACCUGUUUUCCCCGCGAAAAUCAUCAUCGUCGAAUCUCGACGACUUGACUAAAAAAGCGCACUCCAUUGAAAUUUCCAGCCCCUUCGCGACAUUCAACGAACAAGAGCCGCAGUUUUUCUUUCCUAUCUCGCGGCCACUCCAUCAUGUGAAAACGCACCAAUCCGUCGCGGCGAAAGGAGUUAUCGAGCCGCUGAAAGAGAUUUCUUCGGAGCGGCGAACUAGUCUUCCCGAACCCACAAAAAAACACCACUCCAAGCCUGUUGUCACAGCCAAAGAGGAAAAGGCUCCAUUACGCAACAUCUCAUCCAGCACGGAAACAUGUCAGCGUGUGGAAAGUGGAACAGUAGCGGAAGCUAAACGCAGAUUGCUGGGUUGCGCAAGUGCCAACACUAACGCGACAACGGCGCUGAUAACGAGUAACGACGCUGCGCAGUGUGCGCAUGACCAGCCCCGCUCAGGAAUGCCAGUCAGAAUCAGAAGCCGUACGGCGUGCAGCAAUCAGCGCUUAUCAGAUGUUUUGAGUGCGUGUAGCAGUACGAUUCAGGUCGAACUCGACAAGGAAGGCGAUACUGCUGGCGAUGAUAAGGAGAGCGAUCUGAAUGCGUCGCCAGCUGAAGCUGAGUUGUCAUCGCGGCUGUCAAAGCGAGCAACUGGUUUUGUGGGGAAAAUGGUGGCUGAACUCGAAACGGGAGCUCGUGAGGAAUUUGCCAGCAGUGCAUCGCAUUCCGCGUCGGUUUCUUCGGAUGCUAAAGGCGAAAUGUCAAGAAAUUCUCUGGUAAGCGAAGAUGAGUCAUUUUCCGACAGUGAAAAAUCGGAUACCAUGCAGAAGGUGGAAAAUGCCUGUGCAAGUGCCUCAUCUGCGAAAGAUCUGAAUACUGCUACGGAAAUGGUCUCAACGGAACGGGAUUAUUUGCAGAGUCUUAAGUUGAUACUUCGAGAAUUUCCGGCUGCAGUUCAGGGCUCAAUUCCCGCUGAUGAAAUCUCAAUGUUGCUGAAGGACCUUCCUCAGUUGGAAGAAUUUAGCGAAGAGCUUCUCAAAGAUUUACAGGAACAUUUGGAUAAUUAUGAACAGUCGAGAUGCAUUGCUUCUGUAUUCACCAAAAAGGGCUCGUUUCUUUUAGUUUAUGUCACUUACAUUAGAGAUUAUCAAAAGAUGAUUGAUACAUUUCAUGCUCUGAAGAGACGGUAUCCCAGUUUUGCGGAAAAAGUGUCCAAAUUUGAGCAAUCCCCUUCAUGCAAAAUGCUGCCAUUGGAUACAUUUUUCCUCAAGCCGGUGCAACGGCUACCGCGAUAUCCAUUGCUGUUGGGGACAUAUCUGAGUGCACUGGACGAGGCACAUCCUGAUCGAGAAAACGCUAAACGUGCAUUGGAUCUCGUGUCUGAUAUUACUGGCAAAGCCAACAUCAGCCUGGCGGAAAUUGAAAAAGCUUCGCGCUUAUUGUGGUAUCAGGCAAGAAGUGCGGGCUACAUAUUUCUCAAGCCCAAUCGAAAUUUCAUCAAAGACGGGACACUGAAAAAAUUAUCGAGGAAGUAUAUCGAAGAGCGAACUGUUUUACUUUGCUCGGAUGCUGUUAUCUGCGGAGAAUUUGACUCAUUCAGCAAAUUCACCGUCAAUGCGGAAUAUCCUAUAAACGAAAUUAAGGUAGACAUUCUGGACGAGAAUUACUUUGAUCGAGAUCUGGAAUUUGGCAUCUACUCCAAAGUUGUUUCGACGAAAUCCUCAGCAUUUCAAGCCGCAUCCAUCGAAGAGCGGAAUGCGUGGAUGAAUGCGUUACGGCGUGCCAUAGAAGAGAGGCAGAAACUGGGAAUUCGUAGCUCACACAGCAGUCAGGAAUUAAAAAUGGCAUAUGCUCCGAUUUGGAUUCCGGAUUAUCGUGUGCGUGCGUGCCAGCUGUGUAAAAAACCUUUUGGACUGUUCCGGCGCUAUCAUCACUGCCGUAGUUGCGGCUACGCCGUGUGUAGUGGAUGUUCGCCGCAUGAACUGGAAAUCGAUUACAAGGAUCGCCGACCCAAACGUGUUUGUUCGAAAUGCUUCCAGACAGCUAGUACUAAAGAUGAUGAGCGCGUACUAUUGACCGACGAGCCGUCAUAGUGCACAGCUGUACGGCACGACUAAGAUUUUUUCAGCCCAGUGAAUUUGCUGUGAUACAAGUUAUUUUUCAGUUUGAAAAAUACCUUUUGAAAAUUUCGAAACGUAUGGUUUUCCGUGUGACGUAUAUAAAUGCUCAAGUCAUAUCCUUUCGACGAGGUCCGAAUGUUUAUGUUCAGAAUUAAUAUACAUGUACUAAUGUAAUGUGCAUACAAAGUACCCUCAUACGAUUGUUAAUUGUACCUCUAGUCAAGUUGAAACAUUCACUGCGGCCGAUUUGCCAUCAGGUGAAGUAGCCGAGGUUGUUCA